AUGAAUUCGGAUAGUAGUGGUGUGGGAUAUUAUGGUCCAGGAAGUACUUACUACCCGCCAUUUAUAAUGCAUCCAAAUGCAUUUCCUAAUUCAUACACAUAUACAUGGGGUAGCCAGGCACCACCAAUGCCACCUUUUCCAGCAAUGUUCAUUUACUCUUCGUUGACUAAUGCGGAGGAGUCAGACCUCUCCACCAAUGCCACCUUUUCAACAACGUUCAUCUAUCCUCCAUCUAAUAAUGCAGAAGAGUUAGGCCGUGUUCCACCAACGAGCCCGACCCCACCAAUGCCACCUCCUCCAACAAUGUUCAUCUACCCUCUCUCGACAAAUGCGGAAGAGGCGGGCGUUGUUCAACAAACAAACCAGCCCCCACCAAUGCCACCUCUUCCAACAACGUUCAUUAACCCUCUAUUGACUAAUGUAGAGAAGUCAGGCCAUAUUCAACCAACGAACCAGCCUCCACCAAUAACACGACCCCCAUCGGAGGAGUUGAGAAGCUUUGAAAAUUCGUCAACUACUCCAUCGACUAAUGCGACAUUUAUAAGCGAAAGUGAAACUAAUGUUGGAGGUACAUCUCUUUUUUCUGAAGAGAAUGAAGAAUCUAAGGAUAUAAAUGAAGAAAAUUCUGAUAACCAACGAGUUAAGGAGGAUCCCAAAGUAGGUAUGGAGUUUGCCACUGAUCAUGAGCUUAUGGCCUAUUAUAAGCGAUAUGCCAAGCAACAAGGUUUUGGUGUUAUAACACAACGGACGAAGAGAGAGGCCGAUGGGAGAGUGAGGUAUUUGACGAUUGGGUGUGCGCGAGGUGGCAAGUACCAACCUAGUCAUAGUAAUAUAUCGAGGCCGCGUCCAACUAUUAAAACAGAUUGUAAGGCAAGGAUAAAUGUGCACUUGGUGAAGGGUACUUGGGAGCUGACUAGUGUUGAACUUGCUCAUAGUCAUGACACUGGGGGUUCGAGAAUCUUGAUUUUCAAGAAAAAGACUGUCAGAAUUUUUAUUGACAAAGCCAAAAAAUUGAGGUUGGGUAAAGGAGGUGGCGAAGCCCUUACUGAGUACUUCAAGCGGAUGAGGUCGCAGAAUGAUGGUUUUGUUUAUAUGAUUGAUGUGGAUGAGGAUUUGAGACUGAGAAAUGUGUUUUGGACUGACGCACGUAGUCGAGCAGCGUAUGAGUAUUUCGGCGAUAUUAUUACUUUCGAUACUAUAUAUCUUACAAAUAGGUAUGGUAUGCCGUUUGUCCCGUUUGUUGGUGUAAAUCAUCAUGGGCAGUCUAUACUGUUAGGAGCUGGGUUGCUUUCAAGUGAGGACACAAGUACUUUUGUGUGGUUGUUUGAAACAUGGUUGGAGUGCAUGAAUGGUCGGGAGCCAAAAGCCAUCAUUACAGACCAAGACCGAGCAAUGAAGAGUGCUAUUGCUAUGUUGCCUGAAAAAUUGGGAUCUCACGCUACCUUCAAUGCAAGAUUGAAGAUUGCCAUCCAGAGUGCCCUUUAUGAUUCACAGACAUGUGUAGAAUUUGAAAUGAAGUGGGGACAAUUUAUUCAGAAGUAUGAUCUUAGUGAUAAUGCAUGGUUGAAUGGAUUGUACAAUGAGAGGUCAUUCUGGGUACCGGUGUACCUUAAGGGAGUAUUUUGGGCUGGCAUGAGCACAACCCAAAGGUCUGAAAGUAUGAACGCGUUCUUCAAUGGGUUUGUGCAUUCUGGUACAACGUUGAAAGAAUUUGUUGACCAAUUUAACAAUGCGCUCAGGAAAAAGGUGGAGGUCGAGACGACAGCUGAUUUCAACUCCGCCAACCAAACCAUUCCAUGUUCAUCCGCAUUCCGCAUUGAGAAGCAAUUUCAAGCGGUGUAUACGAGUGCAAAAUUUAAAGAGGUACAAAAAGAGGUGUGGGGAAUGAUUUUAUGUAACUGCAUACUUAUAUGCAAGGAGGGUUGCAUUUCCACCUACGACGCUUUGGAUGAAAUUACCACUGAUGAUGACCAUGUGAAGAGCGUCAAGUACAUUGUUUAUUUUAACGAGGAGGAGGUUGAUCUCAAAUGCACAUGUGCGUUGUUUGAGAUGAGGGGAAUCCUCUGUAGGCAUGCAUUGAACGUUUGCCAGAUGAAUAAGAUUCAUGUGUUGCCGGAAAAGUACAUCUUGGAUCAAUGGAGGAAGGAUUUAAAGAUGAGAUAUACAGUGGUCAAAAGUAGCUACGAUGACUUGCGAUCGAAUGCAGACUCACGGAGGUAUGAGUUCGUGGUUAAAUAUUGUGUACAAUUAGCUACCCGUGUUUGCCCAAGUGAUGAACAUGUUACUGCAUUUGUGAGCCACUUGGAGGAGUUUGAGAAAAAAUUUCAAGGAUUGACACUUGAGUCUGGUUCAAGCAAGGUGAAAGAAACUAUAGUCACGGACAAGAGCAAGAAAAUCUUAAGCCCGCAUGUUGUUCGAGGGAAAGGUAGGCCACCAACGAAAAGGAAGGUUCCGCCUAUGGAGAAGGCAGCAAGAAAGCGAAAGAAACAACCGACAUGCAGGAAAAUAUUUGAUGAUGCAUCACAUGAUGGUGAGGUAUCAGAAGCUCCAGAAAGUGAUCAGAUACUUAGUGCAUGCAAGGAUGAUUUUGUUGUACUAACACAGUACAGUACUUUCACACACCCAACGUCAUCAGAAAAUGAGAAGUGA